AUGGCGACCAUGAUCAUGGACCCCAGUUCAAGAUACAAGUUGUGUUCGGGUCAGUCCAUUUCAAAACAGCAAGAGUCUCUAGUUCCCACAUUAGUGGAGAGUCGGCAGCAGAGUGUGAUGGUUAACAGAAGAGAGUUGCUGCUGGGUUUGAGUAUGGUUCCGGCUAUUGCAAUGGAGCCUCUGCUGCCUACUGAAGCGAGGGAGGUCGUUGUGGGCUCCUAUCUCCCGCCCUCUACUUCCGACCCUUCAUUUGUUGUCUUCAAAGCCUCUGCUAAAGACACUCCCGCUCUUCGCGCAGGAAACGUGCAGCCUUACCAGUUCAUCCUGCCUCCAACAUGGAAACAGACACGUGUAGCCAACAUAUUAUCUGGUAACUACUGCCAGCCAAAAUGUGCAGAGCCAUGGGUGGAGGUGAAAUUUGAAGAUGAAAAACAAGGAAAGCUUCAGGUUGUGGCUUCACGUUUAAUACGCCUGACCAACAAACCUAAUGCAUCCAUUGAAGAUAUUGGCAACCCUGAGAAGCUAAUCGCUUCACUUGGACCUUUUGUAACUGGGAACACCUAUGAUCCAGAUGAGCUCCUUGAGACCAAAGUUGAAAAACGAGGCGAUCUUACUUACUACAACUAUGUGCUGGAGACCCCAUUUGCUCUGACAGGUUCCCACAAUAUUGCAAAGGCCACAGCUAAGGGAAACACUGUUGUCUUGUUUGUGGUCAGCGCAACUGACAAACAGUGGCAAGCAUCUCAAAAAAUUCUAAAAGCCAUGCUUGACUCCUUUCAGGUGUAGUUUGUUCGUUUGCAUUGCAAAUUGAAAGCUGAAGUUUGAUACUCUGAAAAUUACAUCUCGUGA